GAAGAUGUGGUAUGAAUGCUAACGAGACAAAUCUCCGUCCAAGUCACAAUGUGUAAAAAGUAAACAAUUAAAGGUCAAAGUACGGCCUUCAACACGGAGCCUUGGCUCACACCGAACAGCAAGCUAUAAAGGGCCCCAAAAUUACUAGUGUAAAACAAAUCAAACAGGAAAACCAACGGACUAAUCUAUAUAAAAAACGGGAAACGAGAAACACUUAAGAACCACAUCAGCAAACGACAACCACUGAAACAGGUUCCUGACUUAGGACAGGUGCAUAAAAAUGCAGCGGGUUUAAACGUUUUAACAGUCGCCAGCCUUCACCCUAACCUGAAAUAAUAGUGUAACAUUACAAAAUGAAAAUACACAAACUUUGUCUUCCACCUCUUUUUAUAGUCAAUAUAAGCCCAAAUUUUGUCUUCCUCCUCUUUUUAUAUUCAAUAUAAGUCCAAGGUUUGGUUAACGGUCAAUCAUAAGAACUGUGUUCAAAUACAUCAUUAUGUUUAACCAUCUACGAGAUUGUCUGGGAUCCUUCCAUAGUAUACACGUAGACCCAGAAUAGGUGCAAAAUAGAAUUAAUGUGUCCUGAUAAAACCAUAUAUCAGAAACUAUAAAGUUAAAUCGAGAAAAGUCGAAAACGCAUGCCCUCCUUAAAAAAAGAUUAAUAAAAAAAAUCAACAGAUCAACAAAUCAAAUACAAAAGAAGGUGAACAAAAAACAACAAAUCAAAACAAGAAGGCAAAUAAUCAAGCAAAGAAAAAAAAGCCAACAAAUCGAAACAUGGCAAGACAAACAGACAAUCAGAAAUAGAAAAAAAAGAAAUAAGUGUAUGCCCCAACACUUUAUUAUCAGGUACAAAAUGUACAAAGAUGUGAAAAUAAAUACCCAUGCAACCGCUCGGUUACGGUAGCAAAUUCUCUUUAAUAUGAUUAGCGUAAGGUAUUUGAUCUUUACAUGAGGGUAAAGUUUAAUCAUUGUGUAAUAUCCGUACUAGGAAGUAUAAUUUCAACCAAUGAAAUUAAAUUUGAUUUCUUAUGCGACGGGUAUUUCUAAGAAUUGUGAUAAAAUUACCAGGAAACUGUAUGAAAACAGAUUGGUCAUCUAUAAAAAAAAAAUACAGUUGCUAAAUUUAUUGAACACACAAGAAAUGCAAGUUAAAGAAGAGCCAAAAGAACAAGAAUACAAGUCAUGCCAAUAUGGAUCUUAUCAAAACACAAGGAACUUGUACAAUACAAAUUGUACUGAUGAGCAUUUUAUGGAAAAGACUGAAGUAUCAAACAUUUAUUGUCAAAAACAAAUUGAAACCAAACAAAAUGAUUUGGCAAUGUCUGAAAGCACAUUACAUACCUCACCAAAACACAGAGAAAUGUCACAUGCGUUACCUAAACGAAUCGCACAAAUGCAGCACAGACUGCAACAAGGUUCUGCAAAAAGGGGAAAUUUAGCACAGCCAAAACACAGUAGAUACAAACCGUUUGUAUUUCAUCAUUAUUCAAACCAAUCAUUUGAUAAACAGAUAUACAAUACAGAAAAUGAUCAAUUUCCAAAUUCUAACGACAUGGAUAAUUUAGAAGAUCGCCAUAUUGGAUAUAUGAACACACAACCAUCAAAUCCCAUGCAUGACCAUCCGGACAAUUUCAAUGAUAUUACAAAUGCAAGUUUUAAUGAUCCGAAAACUGUGAAUGUACAAGAAUCCGAACCAAUGGAGGGAUUGUUUGGGUGGACUUUAAUUGAUAAAGUUUAUAUUCCUUAUAUCUUUCGAGCAGAUAACAAAAGAUAUGUUUGUGUCCGUUUACUAGAGCAAAAACUAUUGAAAAAGUAUCCAAACUUUUUCCCGAAAGAAUUAGCCAACAGGGAACCUUUAACAAGUUCAUUCAUCAAACCAAAUGAAUGUAGAGUUUUUAACCAAUUAUACCAAAUGCAAAGUAAAGGCAAACUAGAAAUUCCAUUGUUUAAUCAAGAGGAUGUAGUGGUACUCCUAUCAGAAUUCAUGGGAUUUUAUUCAGUGGUUCAAAAAACAUACCCAGAUUGUUGUCAUCUGCCCUGUGAUAGCAACAAACGAAAGCGUAGAUCGAUCAAAUCCGGAUGGGUGCAAAUCAACAACACAAUUAUUCCAUAUGUAUGCAGGUCGGAAAUAAAAUUUUUACCUCUAGCAGUGCUCACACAUGCCGCUUCUAUUAGCGUGCCAUCAGAAGGUGUGCCACCCACUGACAACGAAUGUGAUGAGCUAAAUAGAAGAUGUUCUGCGGAAGGUUUUAAAUUUACGUUUAAACCAUCAACACGAAUUGUUUCAAUAAAAGAAAUCCAAAACUUUUGUGAUGUACAGGUGUACGAUCUUCCGGAGAAAGAUCCGUUAAACCAUGCACAAUACUUAUCUACGGAAGAACCUAUAACAGAAGGUUUAAAAAUCAAUACGCAUCAAACUGACUCACCGAAUUCUUUUUCAGAAUUUUCACCAGAAACAUCUGCACCUUAUGCGGCGCACAUGGAGUACGACCAGGAAUAUAUGCAUCCACCAGUUACAUUUAGAUAUAACAGAUUCCCAUCUAAUGUUCGAUUUGGAUCACCUAAUGUUACUAUUGUGCCACAAAACCGUGCUCCAAAUCCAUUCAGUGCGACAAGAAAUCCAAACAACAAUACUCAAUUACAUCAUAACUCUUUGUUUAAUUUUGCACGGAAUACUCAAAUUGCACCACCAAGGGCACACACUGGACAACCGAUUCUGCAGAAAACAAUUUUAAAUGCAUUUACACCAGGCCAGAAUAUUAAUGUAAAUUACGGAAUAAAUAUUCAAAAUAUUACUCCAACGCCUCAAAGUAUCCCAGAAGCUAAACAAGUGAAUCCUACUCAACAGAAAACUACAAAACCCCGAGCAAUAGAUUUUGAUAAAAAUAACGUAAUGCAAGUACAUUGUAUUGCGCCGAAAGAAAUGGGCUUGUCACCGAGCGGUGGCAACAUGAUAUUGACUUCAGAUUUUCGACAAUCAUCUUCUCAAUUUGGUCAUAGUUCGACAGAUAAUUACAAUAUUUGUGAACAAACAUGUAACUUGCCUAAAAAACCAUGCGACAUGACGAAGAAUAUAUGCCAAUCAAAUGCAGAAUAUACAGAAUCAAUAGAAUGUAGAAAGAAUGAACAAUCAAUGAUAAGGUCAAGAAAUAGUUCGCAGUCUAAUUCAAAAACACCAGAUACCAACACACAACUGGAAACCAGUUACCAAAUGAAGCAAAAGCAAGCAGUCAGAGAGUUCAUUUCGUGCAUCAAAGGCGUUUGGUUUGGUGGUAAAAAUAUUUCAUGUCUUCAUUUGAAUAACCCAGGAAGAUCGGGAAAGUUUUGUUUAGUUGAAGCGGUUUGUAAACUUUAUUAUGGUAACACACCGGUUAGCGAAUUUCUGUUUACAAUUGAAAACGUGUUAUUAACUGUUACCUGUACUGAAUUAGAGGAGCAAGCUUUUAUAGAAUACUAUCAAUUACCGGUGAAAGUUCUAAAAUGUAACAAGAUGAUAGAACUCACAGCGUUCGAAAAGUUGUUUCCCCAGCUUACUGAAGUUUUGAAUGGAUAUUCUCCACAUUACUACCCUCAUCAAAAUCCAAGAUGCCUUCUUCCUAUACCAGAUGUAUCUAGCAUGCCUCAAUAUUUGAGAAGAGGAAGAAGGUUUAAUACUCGUCCUGCUUUAGAUCACAAUGUUCCCGCAUGCAAAGAGAGUUCUCCUGGCAGGGAAGACAAUGUUAUAAUUCUCGAUGAUAACGGAUCAUAGUUGCCUUUCAUUAAGGGAAACUGAAGUGACGGGAAAUUCCAAAAUGGUAGAUGUCAUUCAUCUUGCAGUGUUUUAUUUGCAGAUCACUGAAAAUACAUAGUCCUGAAUGAUUACUGGUUAACAUGAUUUCAACUAUGAAUACAAAAUCAAAUUUGUUUAGGAAAUUAACAAAAACCUUGUUCCUUUCAAUACAUACUAUGACAGAGAGAAACAAUUAAAUAGGAUUAUGUGUUGUCUUCCGGUCCUAUAGCUCGAUAAGCAAUAUGAAACACCACAUUCUCAUAACAAUCAAAGCAAAACACAUCCUCAUUUGGACAAAGACAUUUUUGUAUACGGAAAUUGACAACUCGCAGCUUUUCAAGAUGAAUGAACUGUACACAAAAGAACAAACAACAGAUAAAACACUGAGGCAUUUCAAAAUAAAUAGAAUAUGUCACUGGAUCCAAUGUCAAUGUCACAAGCCCUUACAGAAUAUUCAGAACAUUUGUGUAUUAUUUUAUUAAUAUACAAGCUAAUAUUCUGUUCAAAUUUCUAGAUUAUCUUGGCUUUGCUUAAAAUCAAUAUUUUACCCAUUGUGUCUUCCUCCAUAGUAUCUUAUUCUUCAGUUUCUCAUCUUUUGCUUUUUUCUCUUCGAAUCUACCAUUUACCAUGUCUGGUCAAAACUUCGUAAAAUCGUAUGUUCAAAAAUUAAUAUGCACACUUCUUUUUUAAAGAUUAAAACGACGAACGUUUUACAUGUUCCGUAUUUGGUGUCUCGUGUAUGCUUUUUAACCUUUUUUAUAUUUGAGUUAAGUAUUGGGCAUUAUUUUUUUAUUGUUUGUAUGAUCAGUUUGUCAAUAUUUGCAAUUUGCAUUGCUUUUUUAUUAGUGAAUAAUUGGAAGAAAUGUUUAAUUAAGCAAUACUUGCCUGCCUGCCAAUUUAUUAUGUUUUGUAUCAAUAUAUUGUAAAUGUUUGCUAUGCUGUUUUGUUGUAAAUGUUUUAACAAUUGUUUGUUGGAAUUUACAUUAAUCAAUACACAAAUAAUGAACAUAUUAAAGUAGAAAGACCUUCUUCUAUAUUAAAGUAAGAGGGUGUUCAGUAUAUACUUUCUAUGAAGGGAACAUCAAGAAUAGAACUUCUCAACUAUGAGAAAUAAAAUUGAGAAUGGAAAUGGGGAAUGUGUCAAAGAGACAACAACCCGACCAUAGAACAGACAACAGCAGAAGGUCACCAACAGGUCUUCAAUGCAGCGAGAAAUUCCCGCACCCGGAGGCGUCCUUCAGCUGGCCCCUAAACAAAUAUAUAUACUAGUUCAGUGAUAAUGAACGCCAUACUAAACUCCAAAUUGUACACAAGAAACUAAAAUUAAAAAUAAUACAAGACUAACAAAGGCAUUUAUUAAUUAUUAAUGCUAUGCUAGCAUAUAUAUUCGUUAAUGCUUGUAUUUCUACGUGUAAGCAAGUUCAUUUUAAUACAGGUUGACAACAAUGCUGUUAUUGACUUGAAACAGUAUUUAAAAACAACUGGUUUCGAAGUCGCAUCCACUUCAGAUAAUUAAAAUGACAUCAUGUUAACAAAAGAAUUUUAAAAUUACUUUUCUUUUUUGACGUAGAAGCAUUUGCAUACAGAACCAUUGUCCUUACAGUAAAUCAAUAUUAAAAACACCAAGCUUGAAUGCUUACUCUUUUAUCUUUAAUUUUCGGAGACAUGUCAACUAUAAUCUAGUCUCAGAUUUCAUGGUUAUUUAUUAAAUUCUACCUCAUAAAGAUAUUAAUUUUUAUUGUGUUCCUUGGACGUGUAUUAACAUAUUCAAAAUAAUAAAAUAAAUAGGUUUCGUACUUUUAUAUAUAUGUAUUCUUCGUAGAUGACGUUUUAUCUUGACGGAUCCGAUUUUUUUUUUCAAACAUGUAUAUUUUGACAAUAAUAAAAUAUUGGUUACCACCCUCUAUAGAAAUAUAGAAAUAAAUUAUCUAUAUAUAUAUAUGACAGAAAAAUAUGUUUUUGAAUGUUAAAUGCUUCUGCUGUGAUAAUAAAUCACUGACUUGUGUUGUAACCUGUUUUUCGUGACUUUUGUGUAAUUAAGGGGUCAUCACGAUGGGUAAUUAGAAUGACAUGUUACUAAUUUUUUUGUACUUUUUAUCAUGCUUAGUCUUAAUUACCGUUUGUCAUGUUUGUUUUACUUUUAAGAUUAAUUGUGUGCGCUUUCCUAACAAUAUUUAUGUAUUUACAUAUUAAGAUUUUUUGAAGUCAUAUUGAUUAUGAUAAUUCAUUAUUUAGUAUAAUCAUAUGCAUUUAGAUAGUUUUAGAGGAUGUGGUAUACAUGGUCUACAAAAAGUCCACUAAUAUUCCUUUGAAAUACUUUAAAAGAUAUGUGUUGAAUCCAACAAUUUAAGUUUAGCUUUUAUUGUCUUAAAAAACAAAACAUUAAGAUUGGGAAAACGUUAUUAUAAACGUAUUGCCCCUGGAUGAAGGUGUUAGGGUAGAUUAACACACGAGGGGAAAUUUAUCACCUAAGACAAAGUCGCGGGUGAUAAUUUUUUCACCGAGAAUGUUAAUAACCCUAAUUCCUUCAUCCAAGGGCAGUAUGUUUUUUUAUUAUACUGAAUGCUUUAUGAUUCAAAUGCGCACUAUGUUAUUAGAAGGACAAUUGUAAAAAAAAAUAAUGCUUAAACAAUAACAGUUUGAAACGCGUAUAUUUCAAGUUACAGUAAUAUUAAUCAAAAAAUAGUUUUGUAUGAUGUAUACAACUAUGGGUAUUUCUGAAAAGGAUUGUGUUUUGUUCCAUACUAGGUGUGUAUGUUCCAAAUCAAAUAUGUUCUAUGACUUUUUAUACAUUUUGACUGGAGUGAGAGUUGUCUCAUUGGCACUGAUACCACAUCUUCUUAUUUAUAUGAAGGAAAAACAUACAAUCAAGUGUUGGCUAUUUGCAAUAAAAUAUUGAUAUAUCCAUUGCCUUGCCUACGACAAUGUUGCGAUAACAAGUCAAGCAAUCCCAAAUUUAUUAAGGCAAUUUUUAAGUUUCUCGCAAUUUGAGACAGUUAAUCUUUUUUACUGUUCAUGAAAACUUGGUGUUCUUUUUAUUUGACUUUUUAAACUUUUUAUUUAGAGAGUACAUGAGGGAUGUUAUUUCAGAAAAUCACGUGAUACACACAUUAAAAUCCGUAACUACGUCCAUGGUGGACAGAGGUUUUUAUAUGAUAGUAUUUAAUGUAAAAUAGCGAGAAAGUUACUAUUUUUCCUUUUCCAGUAUUUGGUACAUGAUUUAAGAGCAUACAUUGUUUACUUUUUACUAUUUUACUAUAUUAUUAUUAGUGUUGUCAAAUUCAACAGUUUUUACUAACCGGUUACUCGGGAAAUCUUUCGACCGAUUAACCGGUUAACCGAUACUUAAGUUGAUGUUUCAAAGGUCUUCAGUCCUCUAUAAAUGCACGGUUUGUCCUGGUGAAGUUAUAUCUUUAAUAAUCCAAUACUGCCAUAUCUACGAUGGCAUUUGUAAUAACUUAAGAUUGAGAAGUUGAAAAUCGUCUUGAUCUCGGCAAAUUGAAAAAGUCUAAUCUAUAUUUGACAUGAAAAUAUUUUGUCAUUUACUAUCAUUAUAAGGGAAAUUGACAAAGUCUAUAACCGGUGAUUGUUUCAAUUUCUCUGGUGUCUCAGUAAAAUUCUGUGGAGUGUUUCAGUUUGAGAUGAUUAAUCGUGUCACUCAUACCACACAGUAUUAUAUAUUAAUUACAUUCACAUAAUUUGCAUUUUACCAUUCUUGAGUGGGCAUUCCGUUUAAAGUAGGACAAAGCCUAAGAAGAUUGAGAUGGCAUAUUUACAUGUAGGUAAAAGUAAAAUAAUGAAGUUAUUCUUAAAAUGUAUUCAGCUUACAACUGUUCAAAAUACAUGUACGUUAAUUAUGUUUACUUUAGAUAUUGCCAGGAGCUGAUAGACAAGUUGUUUUUGGCUUUUGAGUGUUUUCAAGGUUAACAAUAGGAAUCAAUAUAAUGGACAGUUGAUCUGUCAAAUUAAUUAGCACGACUAUCAUUUUAAAAAUUGAUUAAAGAUUUCAAUACACAUUUAUAUCAAAUCUAUCAGUAAUGAAAAAAGGGCCGGUUAACCGGUUAGCGAUUUUGGUAUUGGAUAUUCGGUUUUUCCGACGGUUAACCGGUUAACCGGUUAGCGAUUUUGGUAUCGAUAUUAGGUCUUUCCGACGGUUAACCGGUUAGCGAUUUUGGUAUCGAUAUUAGGUCUUUCCGACGGUAAACCGGUUAGCGAUUUUGGUAUUCGAUAUUAGGUCUUUCCGACGGUUAACCGGUUAGCGAUUUUGGUAUCGAUAUUAGGUCUUUCCGACGGUUAACCGAUUAACCGUUGACAACACUAAUUAUUAUCCAACUUAACUUAUUAUGCAAUUUUGUGAUAAUCCUAUAUGCAACCAUCAAUCAACCAAUCUAUCAAUGUAAUGUUGUAUAAAAUGUGGCAUCAGUGGGAGCUGUUUUAAUCAACUAAAUGACAAAGUUUCUUUUUGUUUUUUAAGUAUUAAUAAUAAUAUGUUGUUGCUUGGUUUCUUUUUUUGGCUUGUUUUAAAUGUCAUUUCUAUUUUAUUUUAUUUUUUAGCUUUUUUAAAUUUCUAUAAAGAAUAUUUUUUUCUAGCAGAUUGAUGUACUUUGACUGUUCUGAAGAAUAACGUAAUAGAUAAACAAAUAGAUAUUUUUUAUUAAAGAAGUUCGCCUUAUUA